CGCGCCGUGCGGGCGGUGCCGGCCUUGGGCCGCGGUGUCGCCGCGGGAUGUCGGGGCCCAACGCGGAGCCGCAGGUGCCGGCGGGCGACGGCGGCGACGGGGACGGGGACAGCGACAGCUUCGGGGAGGAAGAAUAUGCAGCAAUAAACUCCAUGCUGGACCAGAUCAACUCCUGCUUGGAUCACCUGGAGGAGAAGAAUGAUUACCUACAUGCCUGCUUGAAAGAGCUGCUGGAGUCCAACCGCCAGACACGUCUGGAGUUCCAGCAGCAGAGUGAGCAGCAGAAUGUGGAAGCUGAUGUGCAGGGACUGCAGCCUCCCAAAUAGUGUCUGGCCCCAAACUCAGUAUUGCUGAGGGAACUGGUCACUGAUUUAAACUUAAAACUUGAAGUACCUUAUGCCUGUAACUUGUUCCUUCCUGUGCUUGUGUCCUGCCAUUCACCUCCAUGUUCUGUUUUCCUUUAGCUGUGUGACAGGUGCAGAAGCACACAGGUGGAUGCAGGAGAGCUGGUUCUUUCUGAUCCCCAACUUGGUUAAAGCUGGAUGUAAAAGGAAACCUGAUGCCAUGCAGGUUGUUUGAGCAGGUCCCUCUUCACAACGAGGAAAAAUGAUCUCUGCUCUUUUAGACCAUUAAGUCCAAGCAAGGACUGUUACAGCUCUAGCAUCUUCCCUCAAAAAGCACAUAAGGCAAGGGCUGUCCUGACUCCAGGCUUGCCCCUAAGUGUAACGCUGGUGACAGACUUAGAGAGGGAGGUUUGGAGAGGCCAGCUCCUGCCUUAAAACUACAGCUUUUCCAUUAUUCACAUUAACUGGGAUGUCCAAAAGGUUGGCUGAUGGUCCCAGGCCACCAGAUACUUCUGUGCCAUUCCAAACAUAUAAGCCAAGCCACUGCGAUGAUGUUUUGACUGGUAUAAUUGGAAGCUACCUAACUCCUUAAGCUGUCAUUAAGAACUCAGGUGAUAAAGAGAAUCAGAGCAGCUCAGUUAGUUCCCAUCACUGCAUGAACUGUGCAGAGCAGUGACAAGACCUGCCCGUGGGCUGCUCCCUGUACAUUUUGGCAGGAGUAUGUAUGAGCAUCCUGGUCUGAAACUGCAGUCUUGCCAGAAUGGCUUGGGGCCAGCACUGCAAAACAAUUCUUACUGUUCUACUUCUGUAGAAUUGGAGUUUGUUUUGAAAGUUAAAGAAGUUAUUUAUAAGAAAUCUGUUUUAUUAAAAUCAGUUUGAAAUAAGAUUUGUUCCUAAGAGCUUUUACUAUGAGAACAGACUGUAUUAGGCCUUGUAGCAUUAACAGAGGACCGAGAUGCAUUCUUGCCCAGCUCAGGACACAGUGCAUGCCUAAGAGUGUGCAUCUCUGAAAGGAAAGUGUUCUGAGAAGCAGAACUGGGCAAACAGUCUUCCAAGAGAUAAACUUUUCCUCUGCCUGGAAAGGAAAUGAGAGGAACUACAAAGAAUCACUAAUAAGUCUGCAUCCAUCUGCUUCAUGGACUUUGUCCCCCAUGACAAUCUCAUUUCCAGGUUCAACAAUCAAAGCCUCAGUUCUUCCACACAGUUGCUGUAUCUCAAUUGUACAAUAACCAACACCAUCCUGUAUUAGACACGCUAAAGCCAGGCUUCUUUUAUUCUUAAAAUAAAAACAGCAGUAAAGUUGAA